AUGACGGUAAGACUAUGUGGGGACUAUAAGGUGACAGUCAAUCCGGUACUGGAGGAUAAUGUGUACCCCCUGCCAACAGCAGAAGAUUUAUUCGCAAAGAUGGGCGGAGCCAAAGUCUUCACGAAGUUGGACUUGUCAAAUGCAUACCUUCAGUUAGAGCUUACAGAUAGGUCAAAACCACUACAAGUGAUCAACACCCAUAAAGGCCUCUACGAAUAUCAAAGACUUUCGUUUGGAAUAGCCACUGCUCCUUCCAUAUUUCAGUCUAUAAUGGAUCAGGUAUUACAAGGCAUACCUGGAGCUGAAUCAUUGCUGGAUGAUAUAUUGAUAGGGAUUGUGACCGAUGACCAGCAUGACAAGGUGCUUCAUGAAGUGCUGAAACGUCUGGAUACCUAUGGCAUUAAGGUGAACUUAGACAAGUGCAAGUUCAAGGUACCCAAAGUGGAAUAUCUGGGACACUGCAUCGAUGGGGAUGGACUACAUCCACUGGAAGACAAGAUAAAGGCCAUUGAGGACGCUCCACAUCCAGAAAAUGUCACACAGCUAAGAGCUUUCUUGGGAAUGAUCAAAUAUUAUGGCAGAUUCUUGGGAAACAUGUCCACGAUUCUAGCACCCCUCUACUCACUCUUGAAGGCUGACACUCCUUGGAAAUGGAAUUCAGAACAAGAAGAUGCGUUCCAAAAGUGCAAGACUAUGUUGUCUAGUGAAAGUGUUCUUGUCCACUAUGACUUGAACAAGCCAUUAACUUUGGCAUGUGAUGCAUCCGCAUAUGGUGUUGGAUGUGUACUAUCUCAUGUGAUGAAUGAUGGAACUGAAAGACCAGUUGCUUUCGCCUCAAGAACCCUCUCACCAAGUGAGAAAAAUUAUGCCCAAAUAGAAAAAGAAGCACUUGCGAUCAUAUACGGAGUCAAGAAGUUUCACAAGUACAUCUAUGGAAGGAAGUUUGUCUUAAUCACUGACCACAAACCACUUACCACUCUGUUAGGUCCCAAGAACUGCAUACCUACACUGGCAGCAGCACGUCUACAACGAUGGGCUCCCAUUCUGAUGGCACAUGACUAUGAGAUACGAUAUCGAAGAUCAGAGGAUCAUGCUAACGCAGAUGGACUCUCUAGACUUCCUGGAAACGAUGACCCAGAAACUAUUGAAGCCAAAAUCAACUACUUCUCAAAUGUGAUCAACUUGCCUGUCUCAGCAAUAGCACAAGCAACUAGGAAAGAUCCUGUAUUGGCUCGUGUGAUGGACUAUACCAUGAGUGGUUGGCCAAAUUAUGUUGCAGAUGAGGGACUUGCACCAUUCUUCAGACGGAAAGAUGAACUGUCUGUGGAUCAAGAUUGUUUGUUAUGGGGACUCAGGGUUAUUAUUCCAAAGAGCUAUCAAGACUAUGUGUUGAAUGAACUACACAGUGAGCAUAUGGGCAUCGUGAAGAUGAAGGCACGCGCUCGAAGCUAUGUGUGGUACCCAGGUCUUGAUCAUGACAUCGAAAUGACAGCUAAAAGUUGUACUGUAUGCCAAAGUCUACAAAAUGACCCACCAGUGGCCCCUCUUCACCCUUGGAAGUAUCCUCAGAGAAUAUGGGAAAGAGUGCAUGUGGACUUUGCGGAAUUUCAAAGUCAGCAUUAUUUUGUGCUCAUAGAUAGUCGUUCGAAAUGGAUUGAAGCUAUUCUCAUGACCUCCACGACAGCUGAGAAGACUGUAGAGACAUUGAGAAAGAUAUUUUCUUCAUAUGGCUUACCCGAAGAAUUAGUGUCAGAUAAUGGGCCGCAGUUCACAGCUGAAAUCUUCAAAGAUUUUAUGAAGAACAAUGGAAUCAAACAUUCCCUCAGUCCACCUUACAACCCUUCAUCAAACGGUGCAGCAGAAAGAUCUGUUCAAGUUAUUAAAUCUGCUCUGAAGAAACACAUGAUGUCUGUUAAACUCAACAAUGGAGACAAGUCAACAAGGAAACACUUGGCAAAUUUCCUAUUGACUUACAGGUCAACUCCUCAUUCCGUAACUGGGCGGACACCUGUUGAACUUUUUCUUGGAAGACAAGUUCGCACAAGACUUUCACUUUUGAAACCAGACCUGCGGAAAACGGUGGAAGCAGCUCAAGAAAAACAGAAGCAAUUUCACGACAAUUCCAUCACACUCAGAGAAUUUGAAGUGAAUGAAUCCUGCAGAGUUAGAAAUUACAGAGAAUCACAAGAUGAGAAAUGGAUUCCUGGAAGAGUAGUUAAACGCUUAGGUCAACAACGUUAUCUUGUUCAAACUGGAGCAAGAACCAGAUAUGUGCAUGUUAACCAGAUGCUACCUUCAGUGGGACAUGCAGAUGAAGAACUGAGACUGUCAUUACCAAAUGCAUUGCCUUUGUUACCGGUAACAACUGGUAAUACCAUUCCUACAGAGGAGGAGACUACUCAACGCAAGCUACAACCAGCGUUAAAGCCAGCCAGCAACCUUGAAUCAAGGGAGAGAACUCUUGAUAAACCUGUGACUUCAACAAAUGGUGAACCAAGACGCUAUCCACAGAGAACUCGAAAACAAGUGCAAAGACUUGAUCUUUGA